CCCGCCCCCGUCUCCGCCCCUCCCAAGCCGCCCCAGCAGAAGCAGCAGGAGGAAGAGAAGGAGCAGGAGGAGGCGGCGUCGUUCGUGUUUCCGGAGCCCGUGCAGGUGGGCGAGGUCACGCAGUGCUCACUCGGCCCUGUAGUCGCAGAACCUUGUCCGGCUGGCUGUUGCCUGGGAGCAAGCGGUCGAGAUCCAUCCCCAACCCCAAGGCGCUCCUCUUCUUGGAUCUACUGAAGCAGUUAGAGCUGUUAUUUCUGAAGCAACUUUUGGUCUUCUAGUCAGCGAGAUUAAUCCGGCUGUCAGAGAAAGAAUCACAGGAGUAAUAAAGCAAGAAUUCCUUACGAAGGAAUUGUAAAUGUGAUCGAGGCAAAGGUGCAGGUUAUAACAAUGGAUGGUUUUUUGGAAUUGAUGAGUGAACAAAAUAUUGAAGACAAUGGACCGUAUUGGGAUGAUAGUCAAUUUGUAAGCCCACAUGAGGAGAAACAACUGCCACAUGUAGAAGCUGGUGCAUCCCAAAAAGCAAAAAAGGCUAGAUCAAAAAAUUUCAGUGUAAAAGAAGACAACAUGUUGGUGUCGGCAUGGCUAGAAGUUAGUUUGGAUGCUAUACAAGGGAAUGAACAAUCCCGUGCUACGUAUUGGCAAAUAAUUACUGAUUAUUUUCACAAGAACAAGGACUUUGCAUCUGAUCGUAAUUCCAAUUCUCUCCAGCACCGUUGGUCUAUCAUACUAGAAGGUGUUAACCGGUUUUGUGGAUGUUAUGUCCAAAUUCAAAACAGGAGGCAAAGCGGCGUGACAGAACAAGAUAAGGUAAUGCAUGCAUGUGAAUUGUAUAAGUCAAAAGACCCGAAGGGCAGAUCGUUCGGAUUGUUGCAUUGUUGGAAUAUCUUGCAGCACGAGCAAAAGUGGAAGGAUAGGUGCGUUCAGAAAAAACAGAAGACAUCCAGCACUGGAAGUCUGUCGUCCACUCCUGAGACCAACGAGAGUCAUCUAGAGGAUGAUGGGGAGGGUCAUACUUCAGAGCCUGUGGUUAGGCCAGGAGGUAGGAAGGCGGAGAAAGAGCGACAACGGCGAGGUAAAAAUCCUGUCUCUCAUGGAGAUAAUCUUUACAUGGAAGCAUUGGAAAACAUGUGGGCUAAGAAGAAAGAGGCAGAAGCCCUGAAAGAGGUUGCAAAAAAAGAGCGCUAUGAUGAGAGACUUGCACUUGAGAAGAAAAAGAUUGAACUGAAGGAACAAGAUAUUGCGUUAAGGAGAAGGAUUGAAGAUGAUAAGGUGAUGAAUAUGGAUCUUAGUGGUAUGAGUGAGCGACAACGACAAUACUAUACGAGUUUGCAGGAUGAGAUCAUCGCUCGGUGGUUUGGCACAGGCUCGGGUUGAGCUACUUCAUAUAUGGAACUUUAAGUAUUUUGUUGGCACUUUAAAUAUGUUGUAUGAACUUUAAGUAUGUUGUAUGAACUUUAAGUAUGUUGUACGAACUCUAUGUUAGUUGUAUGGACUAUCUAUGUCAGUUGUAUGGACUAUCUAUGUUUGUUGUA